UUUGAGCCGAAUGUGGAGCCGCUCAGUUCGAAUUUCGAGGGUUGGGCAGCGUUCGACUUGGCGCAGCAGCAGCACAAUGUCCUCGGUCAACUACCACGUCGUGGGCUGGAAGAGCUGCCCGUACUACGAGCGGGCGGCCAACGUCGCGGUCUCGAUGCAAACGCUGUUCCCGGGCCAGGUCAAGGCCACGAUUCAUGAGCAUGCGACCAAGCAGUCGUUCAACGACUGGCUCGAGACCUCGCAAAGCACGUUCGCGACGCAGUUUGUGGGCGACGCGCGCGCCACGAACCACUACACGUCGCCGUUCUGCUACCUUGAGGACGGCGCUGGCACCAAGUUUGUCGGCGGCUGCGACGACACGCUCGCGUUCUUCCGGUCGCGCACGCAGAGUGCGGCCGCGCCGUCGGCGCCUGCCCGCAAUGUGCACGCCAACGACGUGGACGACGGCGCGACGUACGACUGGGACCUCGUCGUCAUUGGUGGCGGCUCGGGCGGUCUCGCCGCGUCCAAGGAAGCGGCCAAGUACGGCCAGAAGGUGCUCGUCCUCGACUAUGUCAAGCCGUCGCCGCAAGGAUCAACGUGGGGCCUCGGCGGCACGUGCGUGAACGUCGGCUGCAUCCCGAAGAAGCUCAUGCACCAGAGCGCGAUCAUGGGCGAGCUCCUUCACAAGGACGCUGAAGCCUUUGGCUGGGCGGUGCCGAACGCGACCUUUGAUUGGACCAAGCUCAUCACGUCUGUCCAGGACUACAUCCACGGCCUGAACUUCAAGUACCGAGUCGACCUUCGCGACAAGAAGGUCAAGUACGAGAACUUUCUCGGAACGUUCAAGGACGCGCACACCCUGACGCUGACCAACCCGGCGAAGGGCAAGCCGCCGAAAGACGUGACGUUCCGCCGUGCGCUCAUCGCAGUGGGCGGCCGCCCCAAGUCGCUCGACUGCCCCGGCGCCGACCUCGCGAUCUCGUCCGAUGACAUCUUUUCACGCCCGACGCCGCCGGGCAAGACGCUCGUUGUCGGCGCGUCGUACGUGGCGCUUGAGUGUGCUGGCUUCCUCAAGGGCCAGGGCUUUGACGUGACCGUCAUGGUGCGCUCGAUCCUCCUCCGCGGCUUUGACACGGACAUGGCGGCCCGCAUCGGCACGUACAUGGAAGAGGAAGCCAAGAUCAACUUCAUCAAGGGCGCAGUGCCCACCUCGAUCGAGCAGCUCCCGAACGGUCAACUCAAGGUGACGCACACGUUUGGCGAAGGCAUCUACGACACGGUGCUCAACGCGACGGGGCGCUACCCGGACGUCUCGGGCCUCAACUUGUCCGCGGCCGGCGUCGGUCUCAACCCCAAGACGGGUCGCAUCGCCGUGACGCACGAGCAGACGUCGACGCCGCACAUUUACGCGGUGGGCGACGUCAUUGACGGGCCGGAGCUCACGCCGGUGGCGAUCCAAGCGGGGCGCCUUCUCUCUAAGCGCCUCUUUGACAACAGCGCGACGCUGAUGGCGUACGACAAGGUGUGCACGGCGGUGUUUACGCCCAUCGAGUACGGCUGCUGCGGCCUCUCGGAAGAUGCGGCGGUCGAGGCGAUUGGCGCCGACAACCUCGGCGUGUACCACCAGAGCUUCACGCCGCUCGAGUGGUCGCUCUCGCACGACCGCGCCCUUGCAAAGGAGUGCUACUGCAAGCUCAUCGUCGACCGCACGCAGAAUGACCGCGUCGUUGGCUUCCACUACCUGGGCCCGAACGCCGGCGAGGUCACCCAGGCCGUUGGCAUUGCCAUCAAGCUCAACGCGAGCUACGAAGACUUUGUGAGCACGGUCGGUAUCCACCCGACGACGGCCGAGAUCUUUACGACGCUCGAGAUCACCAAGGAGAGCGGGCUCGAUGCGUCCGCGGCGGGCUGCUGAGGUUAAGCCCUUCUCCGAGAUGCCUCGGAGAAGGGCCGGGCGGUGAACGCCCACCGGCACACGCGAGUAGAUCGUAUUCCAUGUGAUGAUCGUGCUACGGCCAAGGGACAGCUUUGGCCGUGGGUGGCCGCCGCAGCAUGACGCUCCGUUUCGAAAUCGUUUUUGAAGAAGCGGAGCCGACCACGCGCGCGGCCAUGAGACUGCACUAACGAAGAACACGCAGUAUGUGUGCUGAGGA